GAGCGCCGCACCUUCCUGCUCGACUGGCCGUCUUGCGGCGCGUCGCCGCGGCUGCCGCUGACCGCCCAGGCGCGGGACGAGCUGCAGGCCAGGGCGCGGCGGCGGAAGGCCGCCGGGCCCCUCUUCAAGGGCGCCGUCUUCGUGCCCGCCGAGUGCCACGCCAGCAGCGCGUCGGGUGGGGUGCCGCUGGGCGAGCACCCCUUCCCCGAGGAGCGCGUCGUGGCAAUGAUAGAGAGCUGGCGGGAGCACGUCGGGAUCGGUAGGAUGGUGCUGGUGGGGCACUCCAUCGGGGGCUUCCUCGCCUUCACGUACGCGGAGCGGCACCCGCAGCGCAUCGACCGCCUGGUCCUGUGCUCCCCCUGCGGGCUCCCCCGGAGGCCAGACGCCCUUGGGGUCUCCGAGGCCGAAUACCUGCAGUGGCGCCAGCGCGCCGACGAAGAGGAGCCGGAGUUCCAGAACGAGUUUGCGAAGUCCCCCUUCGCGAAGCUGAAGCUCCGUUG